CAAAGUCAUCAACAGUUCAAUCAAUUCGUAACUGUAUUGGUAUCAUGGAACAAGUUAUAUCCUUUUUUAACGCAUCAGCAAAACGCAAUUUCAUAUUAAAAAAAAUGCUCAAAAAACAAUUUGUAAGUAUUUGUCAGACCAGGUGGGUAGAAAGGCAUGAUAGUGUGUUGCAUUUUAAAAUGUCAUUACCUAAGAUUAUUAAUACCCUUACAUCUAUAUCAAAAUGGGAUGAUAUAGUAUCAUCGUCUAAAGCCAAAACCCUUUUAUUUUCAAUUUCGAACUGUGAAUUUAUAAUUUCUCUCUACUCAUUAUCAUCUGUAUUAGCUGUAACGUAUCACGCAAGUAAGACACUACAAGGAAAAUACCAAGAUAUAUUAACUUCUUCUGAAAUCAUUGAAAAUAUAAUUUCAAUUCUCAAGAACAACCGUUCCGAUUGUGAUACUAACUUUCAAAAUAUUUUUAAUGAAUGCAAAGACCUGAUGGAAGAACUAGAUGUUGAUAUAAAAAUACCAAGGAUUGCUGGUAAACAGAACAAUAGAUCAAAUCCACCCAAUGUAAAUAGUUGUGAAGAGUUUUACAAAAUUACUAUUUUCAUUCCAUUAUUAGACGGUAUUAUAAGUGACAUGUGUAGAAGAUUUGGGAAUCAUGAAAACCAGACACUUAAAGCUAUUACCAAAUUAGUUCCUAAGCAUUUAGUAAAAUUGACA